AGGAAAGAAAAAUGCAGGGAAAUAAAGGUGGUCUUUUGUGCGCAGGGGCGAAGACCCGUUUUCAGGGUAUUAUAAGCCUAUUUAUAGAGUUGCCCUUGUGUUUAGUUAUCGUCCUUGCACGAUCGGCCAUCAUCUCCUGAUUUGGAGGGCCAUCUUCGACCGAUUGGAACCGCUCCCAAUUGCUUGCGGUUGCUACAAAUUUUUGAACCAAUGUGGCUCAUAUUUUCUGGCGUCUCUUAUGUACUCCCGGUCCAGCGUUUUGAAUGGAGCAUGGAUGUAGACUCGGCGUGCCAGCUGUCCGCGCCGAAUUGGCCCAACAAUUGCCCCCUCGGCAGCUUUCGAAGCGAAUGCUUCGGUAGCUGGCGUUAUCCCUUGAUAUACUUUUCGUUUCAACCUGCCUUCUGUUGUCGAGAACAAGUGCGAUCCGAGGCGUAUUUCUCGGUCCAAUCAAAUUCAAAUUCUCUGAAGCAAUCUGCAGUGAUCCGUAACACGAUUUUUUGUACGGGUUAAUCUUGGCCGUUGAUUCUCUUCUUUACGGCUUUGAUCACAUUCUCAAUUUUUGUCUCAUAUGAGGCAUUAAUUAGGUCAUCUUAAUUGCUGCCGUCUAUUCAUCAUUAUAGCCUAUCUCGGAACUUGUAACCGAUACGACGGGUGACCCUUUCUUCUUCCCCAAGUCUUUUUUUAUCUCUUCUAUCUCUUAUAUCUUCUCCUCUUCUUCUUCUCUUUAUCUUUUUCAUUCAUCUUCGUCUCUUUCACUCUUCUAUUUCUUUCUCUUCGCCUUUCAUACUUGUUAACCGAUUCUUCCGGCUUUUCUCUUUUGUUAAACCAUGUCUCUGGUUCCCCCUCUUCCUUCUCAUUCAUCUCUUGACUAUACUAUACUCAAACCCUUCGUUGAUUUAGAUCCUUCUAGGUUUAUAUUAGGUCCUUCCCUUAUAGAUGAACCAUCUCUCGCUGACUCUCUUUUCUCUGAUGAGGGAUUUCCUUUGAGAAAGAUCAUUCAUCUUCAUUCUUGGUACCCAUCAGCCUCGACAGGAAAGAGUCUCAGAACUUGGACAAGCGUCUCAGAAGCAUACUUGGCCUGGUUGGAUAGGGUAGAGUUUGUUUUUGGUGAUUUUUGGCGGGAAGUAGGUAUCUAUGAAGCGAUUCAAUUAUCUCGGCACUCUCCCAUAGCCGAUAAUCUUCUUCUAGCCGCCGCUCUCUGUUUCUGGUCCCCUGUUUCUAAUAUUUUUCUUUUCAGAAGAUGACCUCUUACCCCCACUCUUUUUGAUGUAGCCGCCAUUGUUGGCUUACGCCCUCAUGGCGUUACUCUUUCUAUGGCCUACAAUCCUGAUGGUGUGUCCGAUUUUGAGGCACACCUCGAUCUUAAUGAUUUAGCCUACUCCAAAUUUCUCCGAAAGUUUGCAGGUGAAUCCCCUGCUCCGGUCACCACAAAGGAACAUACGUCGUUCCUUCUAUACUGGUUGUGCCAUAAUCUUUUCUGCACUCGUUCGCAGAAAAUUAACCGGAAUUUUGUUCCAAUCGCCGUUGGUUUAUCUAACGGCGAUAAGCUGGCCUUAGGGCCAUAUUUCCUUGCUUUUGUUUACAGGGAAAUUUUUGAUUCUAUCAAAACACUACCCUCUGGUGAUGGCAUUGCCAUCAGCUCUGGGUGCGGUGUUUUUUGGUUUUUUUAGAUGUUUCUUCAAUUUUAUAUUCCUGCUUUAUGCCAAUCUCCCUUCAAUCCAAUUUUAGCUGCCCAAUUUGAUUCUUAUGAGUUAGCUCUCGGCUGUCCACAGCCGAUGACCUCUGGUCAAUUUUCUGAUUUUCUUACUUAUUUCAAGGCUUUUUAUGAGCCAGCCUCUGAUUCAGUCCUUUCUUGGGCUCCAUUUGUAGAUCGUCUCACCGGCCCCUCUUGGUUCCUGGCUCGGUUUAAAGCUAUUCAGGGCGAGCUAUCUUCUUCUCGCGCUCGUGAAUAUUCGGACGUAUGGUAUCCUAUCUAGCCCCCCGGGAUCGUCAUGUGGGGCUUAAAUCACGUUCAAAGCUGUUGCCGAGUACUGAGGUUUAUUCUCCUCAGUAUAUAGCGUGGCAAUUUGAAUUCGUCCAGCCAAUUCCUGCUCUUUCUAAAUUUUUUACGGCCAACACAGCAGAUCACCGUCCUCCCAUCAAGAGCAUAUUUGAAGCUGACAAGCUUUCGGCUAUGGGGAAUCGUCUCAAACGCUUCUUCCAGCUAGCAAGCUUCCGUUCGAACUAUACAGGGGUUGCCCUUGCCUCCCUUGAUCUUUCUCUACCUCGGUUAUUCCGCAAAACCAUCCAUCCACUUGACACUUCCUUGAGCAGAGAUUCUCCCACCGAGAUUGAGUCUCCACCAGAAACCACUUCUGACACCCCGCCUUCUUCCUCGUCGGUUCCUGCUUCUUCAUCGGUCCCAGCUUUAGACAAAAGACCGAUUGAAAUUGUUCAGGUCACUCCUCCGCCGUCUUCGAAACGGCGUAAAUCAGUGACCAAAAGAAAAUUCCAACGAGCCGAAAGUACCCCUUCGGCUGAUGUCACUAAAGACAAAACCGAGGACAUUCCUUCGGCUGACCUUCCGUCACAAGAAGCUAGUGCACCUCCCUCGGCUACUAAACCGAGCUCUGUUCCGACCGAAACGAUUGAUGUCGGGAUGGAAAGGCAGCUCCGCAGGGAAGCUCGUCUUGAGAAAAAGAGAGGGAUGGAAAGGAAGAAAAAAUCUGUUGAGACGGCAAGCACAACGCCGUUACCGAGUGAGGUUCCGCCACCUCUUUCCACUCCUGCUCCAACAUCAACUACAGGGGAUGAACGAAUAGACAUACCUCUCGGGCGAACUUCUAGAGACAAAAGCACUACUCCUCUUCGUUCGUCCCAGGGAGCCUCUUCCCCUACUCCUGAUGAUCCUUUGUCUGCAAUUCUUCAUUCUUUUUUGAUUUCAAGCCCCAACUCCAACGAGGGAGAUGAUUUUUCGACCAUUACCAUUUCAUCGGACACCCAGAACAAGUUCGAUGAAUGUCUUAAAAUGUAUAGCAUUGGUAUUCCUAGCCUAGCCCAGAAUCCGGAACAAUUUGAUCGGCUAUACGCCCUUUUACUCGACUUAGCCGAUCGAUCAGAUAUCACCCCCAGUAUCGGGUGUUUUGUAGCGACUUUAUCACUCCAGCUCUCGUCUUUUUUAGCUCGGCAGCAAUCUUUAGGCGCCGAACUUGUAACUUUAGAUCAACAUUUUCAUCGCGUUGAUCAUUUUAAGAAAAAUAUCCCUGACAUAGCAUCUCCAAUGGAUGAAGUGCAUCAGGAAGAUAGGGAGUUGGCUGAUCAAGAAUCGGCUCUGCAAAAACGAAUUUCCACUCUGAAAGAAGAGUUGGCUGCAGUCCACUCUAGCACAAACCUCUGAUCGUCGACUCCAAUUACAGAAUCAGCUUAAGCUCAGAAAAGAAGAAGGGAUAAGGCUUAAAGAAGAACUGUCUCAACUUUACAAAGUACAUCCUUUGAUGAAGCGCCGAAGAAAAGCUGCUGAGACUGCCGAAGCCAACCUUAUAGCCGAAUGGAAUCAACUUAGAGACUUAUUAUCUUGAUUCGGCUUCUCGACCCCUGGUGCUCAGUGGAUGUUGAUAGAGUCCAGAGAAGCAUCCUUCACCUUCUCCACUCUCUCUCUCUAGGGUUUUUCUCUCUCUACUUAGAAUUCGGCGAAUUCGCUCGUUUUCGUCGCAACGUUGGUUUUCCGCGGGUUGCGAGCGUCGCAGAGCCUUCUUGGACGAGUGAAGGAGUAUUUUGGAGAGCUUUUCGCAGCUCUGGACCAGUAGGACACUGGUUGGAUGUUCGAUAAGGUAAUCGACUCAAUUUUUUCCGCUAUCGACGCGUUAUUAGUUGAAUUGAGUAUUGACUUCGAGAUUUUACUUCUAGCUGUGCUAAACUGAGGUUUCAACAAUUAAAGAUGAGUUAUUUAGUUGUGAAUUAACCUCUUUUGACCUGGGAUGAACUACUUUGAAGCUUGAUUGAAAUAAUUGGUUCUUUAUGACUCAAUUUUGGAGCUUUAUGCGAGUUAAUCGCGUAAUUGAUGCAGUCUUGGGAUUUUCUCUUCGCAGCAUGUUCUCGAACCAAAUUGAGCUUAAUUGGUGACCAGGGAGACUAGUUUGGAAGGUGUUCUAACUAAGGCGAGAGGGUAAUUGACCCUUGGACCGCCUUCGAUUGGCAUUGGAGGGCCUUUUGGAAGCUUAAUUUGAGGUAAUAAACUGAACCAAAACAGGGAAUUAAGCUUCCACUUUGUAUUAAUUGAGAAUUUUGCCGGAAUUGGAUUUUAAGUAAUCGUCUUGACGCGGUUUUGUUAUUUUGUUUUCGGCAGGGUUGAGGGUAAACUGAAUUCGGGACUUCUUUUGGGCUGAUUUGGAGCCUAG